AUGGCGCAUAUGGCUAGAAACCAAAAGACACUUUGCCAUCCUAAGGCCUUUGUUAAAGCACCCCUAAUAAUUGUAGAUGUGCCAAUUGUGCUUCCCAUGGUCAUGUAUGCCAUGUACUUCCCUCGUUGUGAGCGAGGAACAAUAUCGACCACUAGUGCGACUUCAGGCGCGAAUGCGCCAGAGCUUCCAAUGAUCUGUAUGCGCCGCAAAGCCAUGAGUGCCGCAAAGUUAUUUUGGCGGGCCAACCCAAUGCUGGUUAUCAUCAAUAUGAGCAUACAUAUGAGCAGUAUAGGCCUUCUCUCACUCCGGUCGGAAAAGCUCCCCGUGACGUGA